AGGUAUAUGCUUUAGUUAGAGAGUGCUGACCAGGAAGGAGCGCCUCAGUGGAGCUCUGUGAUCCAGUACAUAGUGACGGUCCAGCCCCCUGGAUGGUUAAUGCAGAGAUUAAAGAGACUACGUGUGGAUUCUGUCACAACAGGAGAAAACAAGAGCAGCCUAUGUGGCCCAGGAAGAAACAGACAGAUGUCGGUUGAAGUAAAAACAGAGAACAUAAAGGUAGAAAUGGAGAGCGGUUCUUCCCAUUUUCGGGUGGAAAGACAUUCAUGGCAAGGUCUGCGGGAGAUAAUCCACGGUAGCCGGAAGUACCCUGGAAUCAUGGUCAACAAAGCUCCACAUGACUACCACUUUCUACCGCACAGAGAAGAGAAUGGAACACAUACUCACCGCUUAUAUUUUUUGGGAAUGCCAUAUGGGAGCCGGGAGAAUUCACUUAUGUACUGUGAUAUACCUCGGAAGGUGCGCAAAGAAUCAACACCACAACUCGCCUGGAAGCAACUUCUAGAGCACUUCCAGGCCACUCCUCAUCACGGCGUUUACUCACGGGAAGAAGAGCUACUGCGGGAGCGCAAACGCCUUGGGGGUUUUGGAAUCACUUCCUAUGAUUUUCAUAGCCAAAGUGGACUUUUUCUUUUCCCUGCUAACAACAGCCUUUACUACUGCAGGGAUGGCCACAGCACAGGCUUCAUGGUGUCUCCUUCAACUCCAGUGGAGAUACAGACACAGUGUGACGGACCUCGAAUGGAUCCUAAGAUCUGCCCUGCAGACUCAGAUUUCAUUUCAUUUAUUAAUAGCAAUGAUUUGUGGGUAGCCAAUAUACACAGCAAAGAAGAGAGAAGGUUAACAUACUGCAACAAGGGUCUACGUACUGUAACAGAUGAUCCAAAAUGUGCUGGUGUGGCAACCUUUGUAAUCCAAGAAGAGUUUGAUCGUUUCACAGGAUACUGGUGGAGUCCUGUAGUUGUUGAGGGUCCUGAUGGGCUUCGAUUACUCCGUAUCCUCUAUGAGGAGGUGGAUGAGUCUGAGGUGGAAAUUAUACAUGUUCCAUCUCCAGCUCUGGAAGAGAGGAAAACCGAUGCAUACAGAUAUCCUCAUGCAGGAAGCAAAAAUCCCAAAGUAACCCUCAAACUAGCAGAAAUCACAACCAAUGAUAAGGGUGAGAUAAUCACUGCUCAGACUAAGGAGCUUGUUCUUCCAUUCAAUACCCUCUUUCCCUCUGCAGAAUAUGUUGUGAGAGCUGGCUGGACACGUGAUGGAAAAUAUGCUUGGGCCAUGCUGUUAGAUAGACUCCAACAUCUCAUGCAGUUGGUCUUGCUUCCACCUGAACUCUUCAUCCCAGUGUCUGAAGAUGAAGAAAAGCGGGAGCAGUUUUUAAAGGACGUUCCCCAGCAUAUCCAGCCUCAUGUUAUAUACGAAGAGCGGAGUGACAUCUGGGUUAAUAUUCAUGAUAUAUUUCACCCGCUGCCUCAGGAAGUCGAUGGUGAGAUAUCUUUCAUCUGCGGCAGUGAGAGUCAGACUGGAUUCUGUCAUCUUUACUUGGUGACUUCAGUACUGCAGACUGAUCAGAGGAACUGGUCGAAAUUGCCAUUGCCUAGCACUGAUACAUUUAAGUGCCAUGUAAGAGAGGAAGUGCCUCUGACAAGUGGAGACUGGGAGGUUCUAGGACGUCAUGGAGCCAAGGUUUUGGUGAAUGAAAAGACGCAGCUAAUUUACUUUCAAGGGACACGGGACACUUCUUUGGAGCAUCACCUGUAUGUCACAAGUUAUAAAAAUCCCGGUGAGGUGGUGAGGCUUACUGAACUGGGAUACUCGCACUAUUGCACAGUGAGCCAGACCUUCGAUAUGUUCGUAACUCAUUAUAGCAGUGUGACAUGCCUACCUUGUGUGCACUUGUACCGACUUGAAGGGGAUCCUCUGCACCAGCAACCUCAGUUAUGUGCCAGCUUGUUGGAAGGAUCAGGCUAUCCCCCAUACUAUGUUCCCCCUGAGAUCUUCAACUUCGAAACAUCUUCUAAGAUGAAACUCUUUGGUAUGGUUUAUAAACCACACAACCUCAGCCCAGGAGCAAAGCACCCAACUGUAUUGUUUGUCUACGGUGGUCCACAGGUGCAAUUGGUGAAUAACUCCUUUAAGGGAAUUAAGUAUUUGCGGUUGAACACUCUAGCACACCUUGGAUAUGCAGUAGUUGUGAUCGAUGGUCGAGGUUCAAGUCACAGAGGGCUGACUUUUGAAGGAGCAAUUAAAAACAAAAUGGGUCAAGUUGAGAUUCAAGACCAAGUGGAAGGUUUGAAUUAUGUUGCAGAGAAGUAUGGAUUUGUGGAUCUGGAACGCGUAGCAAUUCAUGGCUGGUCAUAUGGAGGUUAUUUAUCUCUCAUGGGUAUUAUACAGAGACCAGAUGUUUUCAAGGUUGCCAUUGCGGGUGCUCCAGUUACUUUGUGGAUGGCAUAUGACACCGGGUAUACAGAACGAUAUAUGGACACACCAGAAAAUAACCAGACUGGUUAUGACGCAGGAUCCGCAGCGUUACUUGUGGACAAACUUCCCAAUGAGCCUCAUCGUCUCCUAAUCCUUCAUGGUUUCCUGGAUGAGAAUGUGCACUUUUUUCACACAAAUUUCCUGGUGUCCCAGCUGAUUCGAGCAGGAAAACCAUACCAGUUACAGAUUUACCCAAAUGAAAGGCAUAGUAUUCGCUGCCCUGAGUCUGGAGAGCAUUAUGAGAUAACCUUAUUGCAUUUCUUGCAAGAACAUUUGUGAGAGCAUAUAAAUUUGCAAGGACACGUGACCUGCAGUUUACAAGACCGAAGCCAGUGACCUAGCUGGAACCGAAAUGUUAAUAUGGUACCCUGCAAGAAGAAAGGCUGAUUGCUUAGCUGUGAGAGAAGAAACCCAUUAAUGGGAAUCGGAGAGCCACAAAGUACAGAAUAUUGUAUUCGAUGUUCAAAACUAAGAGUGACCAAGGAAGAUACAUACAGAAAGUAAGACCAUAAACCGGAAAAAAAACGUCUACAAACUGAGGACCUCGAACCUGGAAUUGCUCUGAAUGUGUUUUUUGUUUUUCUUAAAUCUUGUUUUUUGAGGGAUGCAUGCAUACUUGACCCUAGGCUAUGUGAACAAUACAGAGAGGAUGACAAUGUUUAUUUGGGCAUGUCCACAACAUAUUUUUUUUUUUUUUUUUUUUUAGGCAUCUGUUCAAGGACUGAACUGCUUUAUCUUAUCCUCUCCCUGCAUUUCAUGCCUGUCCCAUAACUGGAUGAGUCUCUGUAGGUUGGAUUAUGCCAUAAAUUGCUCUGUAUUCCCCCCCCCCCCCCCACCCCCCUAUCUGCUCUCAGGACCAGUCAUCAUGUUCUUUCCCAACACGCAGACUUAUUUUUCCCCAUCAAUUUAACUUUUGAUCACCAAACUGAACUGACUUUCAGAGCAUUAUAUGGUCUACUAUUAACAGAAUAGUUCUGUUUACCUGCUGGCAACUGCCUCAGUCCUAUGCAGUGUUCAUACACAAUACCCCAUGUAUUUUAACUACUUAUUGUGAAAUGUAAUAUUUUUAUUGAUUCUUACUCUUUUGUAACUGGCGACUGUUACAAAUAAUUAAAUAUUAGGAUUU